UCUUCAACCCCCACUCGGGAAAAAAAAAAAAAAAAACAAAAAGAAAACCUUACUUUAGAUAUGCUGCUUUGCAACAGCAACUGCAGAACUGAACCGGAACCAUCUCACACGCGCCGCCUCUGAUCUGGCCAUGUUAUCACGUGGUCGGUCCCAUUAUAGCUUCCUUCCAAAUUCGUUCCUCUGUAUUUGAAAGCGGUGCAGCAGCAUAAACAUGGCAAACAACUCCAAGGAAGAGCCCAAGACCGCUCCCCAAUCCGAUCGGUGGUACAAUCUAAACCUAGGCCCUUCCUUUAAAGAAGACGCUCCUAAUAAUAAGUACUGCACUCUGCGGUAUGAAUUUAAGCCGGCUUCAAUUGAUAAGGCUAAGACUGGAUCAUUGCACAAGAAUAAGGAAAAUAGGGUAUCUGUGGAGUUUCAAAACAUUCAAUUGGGAAAACCUAAAGUCACAUUUGAAGGUAGCAGCGAGGAUUACAAGGAAAACGAUGCCGUUUUGUUUUUUGACGGCGAGACAUUUCGGUUGGAGCGGCUUCAUCGGGCCGUGAAGCAGCUCCGUCUCCUUCGACAGCCGGGUGAAUCUGCUGCUGCAGCUGCAGCCGCUCAAUCCGGGUUGACCAUUGAGCCUCGGUUAUCUCCUCCGGCUGGGAAGGUUGUGAAACCUAUGCAUGUGGGAAGAAGCGCAGCUUUUCCUCCAGUGCCGGUUGAGGUGGAACGAAUUAAUGUUGGUGAACCACAAAUUCCAGGUACAAAAGUUGUUACUAAGGGGAAUUCUGGCCAUCCAACUUAUCCACCAAAUGUAUCUACUUCCUCACCUAGCCCCAAGAAUGAUGAAGCUGAAGACCAUCAAGAUAUAGAUAUUGAGGACAUAUUUGGAUCUAGUUCACCUUAUGAUAAUGCAGCCCAACAAACAGGUGAUGGUGGAUUUGAUAUCGGUGUACCACAACAAAAUGACUCUGAUGACGAGAUUGCUGAUGUGGAUGAUAGUGGUGAUGAGGGAGAUAAUGGGCGUAAUGCUGCAGAAGCCCUUAGAGCCCAGGUUAAUGCAGAAGGGAGGGAUGGGCAGACCUCUAGUUCUGGUAGCAGCAGUGGUAGUGGAAGUGGAAGCAGCAGUAGCAGCAGUGACAGUGAAGGCAGUGAUGAAGAUUCGGUAAAUUCUAUUUGAGUGGUUGAGCUUUUGAAAACUUAAAAGAAAAAAAAUGACAAAACAAUCGGAGAGCACCAAACUGGUAUCUAGAAAAUGUUCCUGUCCUGCAUAUUACUUUUUAUUCGAUAGCAAACACAUCAUAGAGUACGAAUAAUUAGCCAUGUUGUAUGUCAAAGAUCAAACAGUUGCCUUCAAUUUUUCCAUGGUGUUAGUUGGUUGAAGAUGGAAGCGUUGCGUGUUAAAGAAAUAUGUCGAUACUUGAGUUUUGAAACUCUAUUUUCUUGGUUGAAGAAUGUGUUUGAUUUUUA